CGGUGCAUGACGGGAGCAGAUGAGCCAUCCAACAUGGCGACCUCCACUGGACCAGACUUGAAAGCUACUGGCACCUCGAACGUGGACCUUUUACUGCACCCCGAGCUGUUGUCCGAAGAGUUCAUGCAGCUCCUUUUGAGUGAGAAAAACGUCAGCACCAGAGUGUGUGGGAGUCGGGACCGGCUCACGGAGCUCUUCCUCCGGCAUGUCAUCCCGCUGCCGCAGAGGACUCUGCCCAACAGCCGCUGGGGCAGGAGGGUGGAGAAGAGCCGAGGCACAGCGGCCGGUCACAGGUCAGACAGGUACAGUAACGAACACAAUAGGAAACGGCCCCUGAUCGUGUUCGAUGGCAGCUCCUCUCAAUCCGGCUCACUGAAAGUGAAGAAGCCAGAGGCAACCAACGUCUCAACGGGGAUCACAGAGCGGUUAAAACCUCCUCCAGCUGCAAACCUGCCCAACCCCAUCCGCAAGCUAUCGGGCGACGCCUCGUCCUCGUCAGUCCACCGCAGCACCGACACCGCGAACCUCAAACGGGAAGCAAACGGCUCGGGUGCACUGAAUUCUCCAGAGGUGAAGAAAAAGAUCCAGCAUGUGACAUGGCCCUGACCUCUGGCUCCUGUUCACAUGGACCCGAUGAGAGCUCAGGCUCUGGAGGACAGAUCGCUCCCCUCCCCGGUCGCCGAAGACCCAACUGAGGUUGCCCCACUACGCUUUGUCCCUCCCAUCACAAUUUUCUCACAAAAUUGCAUCACAUAAAGUGGGGAAAACAGUUCACCUGUGUGUCAAGGCCUCCUACCCCCUUUCCUCCCGCCCUCUCGUUCAGUUCUGACAGCUGACAGGAUGGGGCAGUGUUGCUUUCCACAACCUCAAGUGCCCUUACCCUCAGUUAUCUGCUACUCUAGGAAAUUAAGGCUGUAUUGGGUUUCUGUGGAUUCAGUUGGUUUUGGUAAUAGGGCCUUGAGUAAUGGUUUGCAAUGGGGCAAAGUUGAGUCUCUUGUUUUGUUUUUUGUUGAAAAAAAAAUUAAACUGACACUAAAGGAAUCUCACCGUCUGAGAUCCAGAAUAUCAAAGAGCGUGACAUGUCCAAGAGGCAUUGUGAACACGUGGCAAUGUUAAACAAACUUGGUUGAUCCAUACACACAUAAAAUAAUACCCAUCACACUUGAUGUUGAAAAUAGCAGAAUAGAAGGUGUGUAUGAAGAAAUGUUAUUUAUGAUUUCUAUCAAUAAUUUCGCUGAGAUUUAUUCAAAUCUCAGUACUUGUUGCAUAACUUCUUCAGGGUUUUUAAAUGUUUGUGUAGCGUGGUAUACUUUACACAAAGUAAAGUGAUUUUUCUUGUACAGCUGGAUCAUAAUUCACUGCUAAGUAGCCAUUGGGACUCAGACGAAGAAGGUCACAUUUAUGUAAAUAUCUCCUUUUGAUGAUUCCGAAAAAUAAAUGAAAGGGCCUGAUCAGAGUGGUCUUUUUGAAGUCGA